AAGCGGGAUCUUUAUAUAAUAUUAGAUAAAUUCUGUAAUAGUAAAGUAACUAAUUCCCGAAAUAAAAUUUAUACUUUAUUAGAUAUAUCUUUAAAUAUAUAUAAUAUUAAUCUUUUUAGAACAGAUUAUAGAAAAAAUCUUAAAGAUACUAUUUUUAAUAUUAUCUUAUUCUUA